AGCUACCUGCUGAGAUGUUCUGUUUGCAGAAACCAAAGAUGCUGCACCUACUAGAGAAAUCCUUGAGGAAUGGUCUCCCUGAGUCCUUAAAGGUUUAUGGAACAGUCUUCCACAUGAACCAGGGAAACCCAUUUAAUCUGAAGGCCCUGGUGGACACGUGGCCUGAUUUUAAUACAGUGCUUGUCCGGCCUCAGAAGCAGGAGAUGACAGAUGACUUUGAUCACUACACCAACACCUACUUAAUCUAUUCUAAAGAUCUCAAGAACUGUCAGGAAUGCCUUGGCACAUCAGAUGUCAUCAACUGGAAACAACGUUUGCAGAUCCAAAGCUCACAGUCCAGCCUGGAUGAGGUGAUACAAAGUCUUGCAUCUGCUAAAUUCGUCAGGGUUAAGAGAUCACGGCGUGUUCUCUAUAUGAUGCCUCAGUCAGCAAAGAAACUGGUUCCUUUCCUGCCAGAGACAAAGAAGUUACGUCCUGGAUCUGGCAAACCCAAGCCAAUAAACCAAGAUGUGUUUAAACUUUCAUCUCUGGAGCUCACCCACGCUGCCUUGGUGAAUAAAUUCUGGCAUUUUGGUGGUAAUGAGAGGAGCCAUAGAUUUAUUGAGCGCUGUAUCCAGACCUUCCCCACUGUCUGUCUGCUGGGGCCUGAAGGGACCCCUGUGUCCUGGGGCCUGAUGGAUCAUACUGGAGAGAUGCGGAUGGCAGGCACCGUGCCAGAGUACCGGGGCCAGGGGCUCAUGUCCUAUGUCACCUAUUACUAUGCCCAGGUUCUGGAAAACCUUGGCUUCCCCGCAUAUAACCAUACAGACAAUAAAUUCAUACAUAAAAUGAGUCACACCCUGCAUCAUAUCCUCAUGCCCUGUGACUGGAACCAGUGGAACUGUGUGCCUCUAUGAAGCCAGUCCCGAAUAUAGGCCUGUGCAGGGUGAGCUGUGCAAGCAGCUGAAGGUGUGGACAGUAAACCUUGCACGGUCAGAUCAUCCUGACAUGUGGCCCCUGGCUGUGCUCAAUUUCCCACACACCUAGAUCUCAGUGACAUUUUUUCUUCCGCGGCACGAUGCCCUUGUUUUUUUCUUAGAACACCUGUCUCAUGUACUAAUUAUUGUCCAGGGGCAAAUUUUGCCAGUUUUUUCAGGAUGUGGCAUCAUUUUGGAGGUGGGAUGACUUUCCCCUCUUUUUUUCUAUGACCUCUUUAUUUAGUGGCCAAAAUGUGUCUUAUCUCUUUGCAGUGAUUCUUUCAUGGGUAUAUUGUGAUUUCUAUUGAAUGAGCACAUUAACAUAUGGCCCACAAAUACAUGAUAUUGAGUAUAAGUGCCAGCUAUUAAGGGAAAGAUGAACUGAUGGUAGCAUUUUUCUCAGUGCCGCCCCAAGAAAGUGAGAAAAGCAUUAUCUUCUCAAAGGCAGGUUGAUUUCCACCCCCAUAGUAAACCCACGAACAUGAAAUUUUACAUCUGAGUGUAGAAGUUAAGAUAGAAAUUUCAUCAGUUAGAGGGUGCGCAGGGGGACGGUGGGAACAGAAGGAAAGAUAAACCAGUAGUGACUAAUACUCAGCUACACAAAUUCAGCACACGUACACAGCCUGUACUCCGUGUCACUCAUGGGUUUUCUAACUGAUGGAUCAGAUUUCUACAUAUUUUGAGGUGCAUGUGAUGGUGUGAUACCUGCCUGCAUGUGUCAUGAUCAAAUCAGGUAUCAUUUCAAACAUUUAUCUUUUCUUUGUGUUGGGAACAUUAUAAUUUUUCUCUUCUAGCUAUUUCAAAAUAUACAGUAAAUUAUUGUUAACUAUAA